AUGUGGAGGAAUAUGGAAAGAUAUUAUAGCGAAAUAGCUAUUAAAAAUAUUAAUUUUAAAAUAAAACAAAAUAGUAUUUUAUUAAUUAUAGGAUAGAAUGGUGCCGGAAAAUCAACUUUAUUAAAAUUAUUAACUAAAGAAUUAAUACCUACUAAAGGUUCAAUAAUAACAAAAAAUAAUUAUAAAAAUGAUAUUGAUAAUAAAUAUAAAUUAUUUGAAUAUUUAGAUAAUAAUCAAAAAGAAUUAAAUAUACAAAAUUAUGGUUUAGGCUCUAUAUUAUCUCAUAUUAAUAAAAUAUAUUCUUCAUUUUUCUCUAAUAAAAUAAAACUCGCUGUAUGUGAUCUUUCCUUUUCAGUUAAUAAAAAUGAAAUUUUUGGUUUUAUAGGCGCAAAUGGUGGAGGAAAAUCAACUACUAUGAAAAUAAUAUAUAAAGAUCAUUAUCAAACAUUAGAAAGAACAAUGCUAAUUAAAAAAUCAAAUUUUCUUAUUUAUUAUUUAAAUUCUGGUAAUCAAAGAAAAGUUAAUAUAGGUGUAAGUUUAUUAGGUGAUACUAAAGUAUUACUAUUAGAUGAACCUGGUACAAGUCUAGAUAUUCAAAGUACUAUCUGUAUUUGAAAUUUAAUUAAAGACGCUUCUGAAGAUAAAGCUAUUAUUUUAACUACUCAUUCAAUGGAAGAAUGUCAAAUACUAUGUAAUAAAAUAGGUAUAAUAGUAGAAGGUAAAUUAAAAUCAAUAGGAACUUUUGAAACUUUAAAAGAAAAAUUUAGUAAAAAUUAUAUUUUAACUAUAAUAUGA